AUGGAUUCCCCUCCAGGACCCGCCACCCUUUGGGGUAUCUUAGAGUCUGAGCACUCCCCUAUCUCUGCUCCGCCUGCGGAGAACAUCGACGUAGGACCUCUUGAGAUUCCGCGUCUCCCGUCUCCCAUGUUAAACCCAGCUUUUGAGCUAUUUGGUGAGGAUCUCGAGCUUUUCGAGCAACCCCGUUACGAGGGAAGUUUUCUCCAGGCCAUGUUCUACGACUCCGCCAAUGCGAAUGAUUUGAUCCGCUUGAACUACGGCCUGUUCCACAACAACUACCCGCAUGAGAGAGACGUUGCAGACCCAAGCCUUCUCCUAGUGGAAGGUGUCGCUGCUGUGGAGUUGGAGUUAUUCAACGUUGAAAUCGUUGUCUUGAUCGCGCGUGGAGUUCCCAUCCUCGUGCAUGUCGAGAUGCUUCGGGCUCUCCCCUACUUGUACUGGAUGUUCGUCGAUCCCCGCGAUCGCCUACACUAUACAAUCGUCCGCGUCCUCGAGAGCGCCGACGUUUGGAAGAUUGCCCUCUUGGCGGUCUACGGCACUGAAGAUUUCAACCUGGACGAUCAUCAGUAUACUGGAGAGGACUAUAUCGCGGCCAUCGCGCUAGUACAGCGAUGGUCGGGACAGCGUUAUGUGCUACGUACUGUUGUCAACUAUUUCAAAGCGUAUUGUACUCGAGUCGCAAUGGCCCUACGCAACGACCCUAUCCUCCUUCCGGACCAUCUACUCAACGCAAACGCUCAUGACCACGUAUUGGGAGAGAUUCAAAGAUGCUACGUUCACUAUCAAGCAAUUCACGGAAGAUUUCGUACUCUUCCGAUGGGAGCGUUCGGAGCAUGGGCUGUGAGGGCAAUUUAUCCUCCGUACCUGAUCACUAGACUGCAUCUUCUAGCUUACGGUUUCCGCCGAGAGAUCACCUUGGCCCUCAUGAUACAGGCCAAUGCCCACAUCUUCGAUUACCACCCCGAAGAGCCGAUCUUCUUAGAUUGA